CUCUCCUCCGCUCCCGCAGGGCCCCGCAGCAGCCAUUUGGAGGAAGUUGGGGAAGAUCCGAGCCCGCCGUGGAAGGUGGAGGGAGAGGACACGGCCACCGCUCCGCGCCCCACGGCCCCGAGGGGCACCAUGUCCGCCGGGGGGGCUCCCCAGCCUGCCCACGUCCUGAACCUGCUCCCUUACCCCAGGCUGAACGAGGUGCCCAGGGCUGGCCAUGAGCUGGAUUCCGCGGGCGCAGAGAUCCCCUCCGACCCCUGCACAGGCUACAGAUUUUUCAAGCCCGGUGGCUUGUUCGGUAUUAAACAGUCGGAGGAGCCGUUCCCCGAAGGCCAGCAAAUGCAGGAGGACAGCAAGAUCCUCGUGAGCCCGUGUGCAGUUGAGCCCGGGCGAACGAGCAAAGUGGAGCAGCCCGACGAGAAGCCCGGGGUCGCCGCGGGCUCGCUGGAGCUGUACCCCGCGGGCGCCGGCGGUUCCGGCCGCUGGUUCCAUGGCGGGCAGCGCGCGCCCGAGCGGGCGGGCGUGGAGCGCGACGGCGCCGCCAGCCUCAGCCCGCUCCCGUCCCGGGUGUCCUGCUGGGCCCCCCAGCUCGGCAGCGGCCCCUUCCGCUGCGCCCAGUGCGGGAAGGGCUUCCGCCAGAAGCAGAGCCUCAUCACCCACGAGAGGAUCCACACCGGGGAGAAGCCCUACAGGUGCGGGGACUGCGGCAAGAGCUUCAGCCAGCGGCCCAACCUGCUGACCCACCGCCGCGUGCACACGGGGGAGCGCCCCUUCCCCUGCACGCAGUGCGGCAAGAGCUUCAGCCAGAAGGCCAACCUCCUGGCCCACCAGCGCAUCCAUGCCGCCAACGAGAAGGCGCUGGCCGGGGGCGAGCAGGAGGACGGCGCCUCCGGCAAGCCGAAGCUGCGAGCCCCGCAGCGGAGCUACCAGGACGACACCCCCUUCGUCUGCCCCGAGUGCGGGAAGAGCUUCCGCCAGAAGCCCAACCUCAUCACCCACCGGCGCAUCCACACGGGCGAGCGCCCCUUCACCUGCUUCCUCUGCGGCCGGAGCUUCAACCAGAAGACCAACCUGGUGACCCACUACCGCGUGCACACCGGGGAGCGCCCCUUCGCCUGCACCCAGUGCGGCAAGCGCUUCACCCAGAAAACCAACCUGGUCACGCACCAGAGCACCCACACCGACGUCCGCCCCUACCCCUGCGGGCAGUGCCAGAAGUGCUUCAAGGACAAGGUGUCCCUCAAAGCCCACCAGAAGACGCACGCCCCGCGCCAGCGCAGGUGCCCGGGCCGGGGUCCGGCUCCCGCCCUGCCCUUCGGGGCCGCCCCCACGCUGCUGCAGCCCGGGGGCCCGGAGCAGGAGGCCGCCUUCAGCCCGAUGCCGCCGCUGCCCGUUCCGAAGAUCCCCGAGAACCAAGAGCUGUACUCGUGCACGGAGAAGGGCUUCCCCCCCAAGGAGCAGCUCCUGCCCCACCAGCAGGCCCCGCUGGGGGAGCAGGCCUUCCCCUGCGUGCAGUGCGGGGAAGGGUUUUGCCCGAAGGUGGCCCUGCUCCGGCCGCAGCACGGCCCCGGGGCGGAGGCUCCCGCUGGCUGCGCCGCCGGCUUCAGCCCCGGCCCUCACCUCCUGGGGCACCUGGGGGUGCAGCCCGUCCUCGGGGAAGGCGCAGCCCCCGCGCCGCCCACCCCCGGGGCCGAGAAGCCCUUCAUCUGCAACCAGUGCGGCAACAGCUUCGGCCUGUGGCUCUCCCUGGUGGCCCACCAGAAGACUCACGUCGGGCAGAAGGCCUUCCAGUGCCCCGAGCACGAUAAGAGCUCCGGGGACGAGCUGUCCGCCAAGUCUCCCCAGGAGAAGGAUUUGGACGGCAGGGCCUGGCUGUGCCCCGAGUGCGGGAGGAGCUUUGUCCAGUACGAGCGGCUGGUGAAGCACCGCCAGAACCACAGGGGCCGGGGCCCCUACCGCUGCGACGUCUGCGGGAAGCGCUUCAGCCUGAAGACCAACCUGGUGACCCACCAGCGCAUCCACACCGGCGAGCGCCCCUUCACCUGCGGCGUCUGCGGCCGCCGCUUCAACCAGAAGGGAAACCUGGUGACCCACUACCGCACGCACACCGGCGAGCGCCCCUUCGCCUGCACCCAGUGCGGCAAGCGCUUCGCCCAGAAGCCCAACCUCAUCGCCCACCAGAAGACCCACUCGGGCAGGCAGCCCUUCACCUGCCUCGAGUGCCCCAAGCGCUUCAAGAGCAAGCUGUCCCUCAGGGUCCACCAGCGCGUGCACGUCGUGGAGCAGCCCCAGAGCGAGCCGGGCCCGGGCCAGACGCCCCCCAGCCUGCAGGCGCACCCCGGCAGCCCCUACCCCUGCUCGCUCUGCGGGGAGUCCUUCGAGGAGCACGGGGAGCUGCAGCUGCACCGGCAGGGCCACGCCGGCGAGCGGCCGCACGCCUGCGCCGAGUGCGGGAAGCGCUUCCGACAGAAGGUGAACCUGGCCGUUCACCAGCGGACCCACACCGGGGAGCGCCCCUUCCACUGCGCCGAGUGCGGCAAGGGCUUCAGCCAGAAGGCGCACCUCCUGCGGCACCGCAGGACGCACACCGGCGGCGUGCCGCCCUCCUGCUGCGAGGGCGCCUGCCCCGCGCACCGGGACGAGCCCGACGCCGGCGCUCCCCUGGGGAAGGGCUCCGCGCCGCCCGGCGUGCUGCUGCCCCCCUGCUCCCGGGGGGCCGCGCAGGGAUCGCUGCCUCGCGAAGAGCUGCGGCCGGGAGCGCAGCCCCCGAACAGAGCGGAGAGCCCGUCCGGGGCGGCAGACAUCCUGCUGCAGCUGAUGCAGGAAGACCAGCACCUGGUGUCCGGCUCGCACCACCCGCAGGAGGCGGCCGCGGGGCCGUGCCCCUGUAAGUGCGCCGAGGGCGGGGAAGGCCUGGCCGGGAAGCCGACCCUGCAGCCCCAGUGCUGCUGCGCUGACUGCGUGAGCCAGAGGCAGCUGCUCCUGAAGCCCCAGCACGACUGCCGCGCCGAGAUCUGGUGCAAGUACGGCGGCUGCGGCAGGAGCUUCGAGGACAAGAGAGUGCUGAGAGUGCCUGAGAGAGCGCACGGCGAAGAGAAAACCUCGCCGUGCCCGAGCUGCUUGUAACGCGCCCGCGCGGGCCGCCAUCAACCCGUCCGAGCGAGGGCCUGGACCUCAUUGCUCUUGCACUACGGACACCAAACCUGGACAGGGCUCACGCCAGGAGCCGACUGCUGACCAAACGGGGACGGUGCGGGGGCUCCAAGGGCCUGACGCAGGGGAAGCUGCGAGUCAGAACCCGAGGGGGCUACCGGGACGUGGUGGGGGCUCGGGAGGAUUGCGGUGGCUCACGGGAACAGGACGCUCUUGCGAGCGGAGCACUCCGGAGCGGGGUGUUGGACGCACCGGACUGGUCACGAAGCAGUUCUGGACUCGGACGCUGCGUGUGCGAUUUCUGUCUUGUGAACAUACCAAAUGUGUAAAGCGGGUGGAGCUGAGGAGCAGGAGGCACUACCGGGACUGUGGGUCUGCGGUGCUGGCUCCUGCUGGUGGCUGCCUGCGAAGAGGUGGACGGCGAGGGGCGGGGAGGAGCUGAGGAUCCUGCGCGUCGGCUCACAAGUCGCCUCCGCCGAGCAGGAGGCCGGGCGGAGGCGCAUCUGCUGGGCCCUGGCCCCGGGCUCCGCUGGGGGCUGCAGUCCUGCGGUGCGCAGGCCCCGGCGUGGGGCACAGAGGGGCCUCGGUGGGCCGAGAACUUGUGGCAGAGCCCUCCGUCCGCCUCUCCGGGACCGGCUGUCCUUCCGCAGGAUGUUUUUGGGACGGGGAGCCGAGACCCGCUGUCGGCUGUCCGCUGGCGCGGGCGGAGGAGGAGCAGCUUCGCGGGGAGGCGAGCGAGCCGCCGAAAUGCGGUACCGGGUCUCGUCCUGCCUCGCCGGGAACCCGGUGCUGAGGUCCCUGGGUGGCGGGGCUCGGUGCGGAGCCCGCGGCUUCACGGCCGGAGCGGAGGAGCCGGCGGUGGGGAAGGCGUCGGCGCAGCCAGGCGCUGGUGGCCACCGCGGGCCGUGCCUCACCGCCGCAUCCGCAACGGACCGCAGAUAAGAUAAGCAUCUCCUCCGAGCCGGGGGGGGUCAUACAGGGUGAAUUAUGGGGGGGGUGGGUCGGGGAAUGUAGCUUCUGCUUCUGUACUUGCUCUGUGGAUAACCUUUCUGACUAGCACCUCUUUCUGGUA